AUGGCAUCCCCAACGGUAACCUACUCCACGAUUACAACGGUGGUCGCUAUCACAGACUACGGCAACGGCAAAUACGAAGUCAAGGAGGUUCCAGCUGAUGAAGCUAGCUUUCCCGGCCUCCACAGCGGAAAUAGGAAGGAAAUUUCGAUCCAGUUGCCAUUUCAAUUAGGAGUGAGGCCUUCCACUAUGUGUAACAAGUUGCUCACAGUUGUCGGCUACUACGAUAUUGACGAUAAAGAAAUCGGGUUGUACACCACUCUGGGGGGCUCCAAGAUUGGCUCUUCAUACACCGGAGGAAUUGAUAGCGGCGUCAAUCUUGGAAUUGAUUUGUGGGUCGCCAGCGGAAGUUAUGGCGUGUACAAGAAAGGCAACGAGCUCAAAUUCCGGUUCAAUCUUUCGGCUGGCAUUUCACCAUUCAAGACGAAUUACGGUGAUGAGUACACGCUCUUCAACAUCUGA